AUGAUCAAAUCAACUAACUACAUACUCUUGAAAUACAUAUAUCUCCGCACUUCCAAACAUUUUUAUUAUUAUUUUGAACCUAAUUAGAUAACUAUGAAUAUUGGUGGUUAUCCAUCCUCAUCAUCCGUGUGGUCUGCUAAAUUUUGUGGCUGUGGAGGUGACGCUAAAACAUGUUUGAUAACUUGCUGUCUACCCUGUGUCACCUUUGGGCAAAUUGCAGAAAUUGUGGAUGAAGGGAAGAGUUCAUGCGCUUCACAAGGGUGUGUAUAUGGGUUACUGAUGAUGAUUUCAUGCCACUGGUUCUAUUCAUGUGUUUAUAGAGAGAAACUGAGAAAAAAGUAUGGGUUAGCAUCUGAACCUUGCUGUGAUUGCUGCGUUCAUUUUUGCUGUGAUUCAUGCGCCUUAUGCCAAGAACAUCAAGAGCUCAAAUUAAGAGGCCAUGACCCUUCCAAAGGUUGGAUUGGACCACCAACAACUAAUCAACCACCUAUGCCUCCUACCAUGUAUAAAUGAUCCACCGGCAUAUAUCAAGAUCCACUGGAUAUAUAUUACUUUUCAGAAUAUCUUUAAAUAAUAUUUUGAAAUGUCUAUUAAAUCAUUGGUUAAGC